ACAGAUUAAAAAGUACCUACUUUACAAAAGACAACUCAUCUACGGCUUAAAUUUUAUAAUUUCUUGUUGUUUUUGUUGAAAUUAAACAGUAUUUCAUAAUAAACAAGUGCAGUGUCGUGUAAUGGCGAUGUGGGACCCAACGCAUGUUCAAGUUACAGUUCAACGAGCCCGCGGGCUAUUGAUCAAAGGCAAAAACGGUACCAAUGAUUGUUUCGUGACCAUCGCCCUCGGGAAAGACAAAUUCCAGACUUCAGUGAAACAGAAAGCGACUCAGAAUGUGGAGUGGCUGGAGGAGUGCGAGCUGCGCAUCCCGGCGCGCGGGAACACCGCCGAGAUCGCGCUCAAGGUGUACGACCAGGACAUGAUCAAAGACCACUUAUUAGGUCAAGUAUCGAUUCCGUUAAAAGACCUCGAAGUUUACGACCGCCCCAGAAGCCGCUGGUACACGCUGCAAGGCAAGUCCGGGAAAGAAAACGAUAAAAACAGAGGUGAGUUGGAAGUAAAGAUAGGAUUUACUGUAAAAGAGGGCAGUUUGACAGAUCUGAGUAAAAAGGACAAACACAAAUCAUCCUUGUCCAGCUUGGCACAGAAUGUUGGCGGCAGUCUCAUGAGCAUUGGCAGCAUCGAGCAAAGGAAGGGCAUCAAGAAAUUUGCCAAUAAACUUGGCUCAAAGCUAAAUCUCAACAAGAAAGAUAAGAAAAGUGACUCAUCUUCUCUCAGUGGAAGCAUUGGUAACUUAAAAGGCUCAGCAUUCUCGACUCCCGACCAUUCCACUCCAAAGAGAAUUUCAGGUGAAGCAGACCCUGGAGUAAUCAGUGAAGAUGAUGAUGAGUUUGCCUUUGAUGAUCUGUCUCACAAGAGUUCCGCUAGUUCCAUCAACAUCCACACUCUGCCGAGGAGCCAUAAAUUCUCCCCAUCGCCAGUCAACACCUCCUUGGAGAACCUGGGAGGGGGAGUGAUCCUCGGGAGGCUGGCCAGCAACAACUCCAGCUCUGAAAAAAUCAUCCCUCAGAAGCCUGUGCGCCUCAGCCUGGACACAUUCAGCCCCGUGCAGCCGUUGACUAAAACUAUUGACAGGGAUGAUGAAUGGUCCCAGAAACUGUACUCCAAGCCCAAGUCUGGCAGCCAGACUGGCAUUGACAGAGAGAAGUCAUCGAGCCUUGAGAGAGGAAAGAAGUUGGACAGUCCCAGUUCACUUAAGGAGAAACCGAGCCCUAAGUUUUUCAAGAAAUUCAGCAACAAACCUAAAAAGGGCCCAAUAGAGGAGAGGAUUAUUGUAGGAGAAGAAAAUAUAGUGGAAGAAGAGAGUGCUAACCAAGCAUACAACAGCAUCCCACCGGCCACACUGCAGCAGUUUGAUGGCAAGACCAGGGAAGAUCUUAUUGUCAUGAUUUACAACCUUCAGAAAGAUGCUGAGUUAGCUAAGAAGAAGAACAAAGACUUGGAGAAUUAUUUAGAUGAGCUUUUACUGAGAGUUAUGGAGACCACACCAAGGAUCCUUCAGAAUCCAUAUUCUAGAAAUAACAGCAUGAUCUUAAGAAACAAAUAAGUGACACACUUUGAUAAAUUUACAUGUUUUGGAGCAACAAAUUACGUUUUAAGUUUGAUAAAUGAUUUUAUGAAUUUUAUGGGUUGUUAAAUUCCACAGAUAAAGCAUUAUUUUAUAAAGUAAAGUUAUACUGUUCAUAUAAGAGUUUAACUUUACAUUACUUAUUAGAAUAGGAGUAAUAAAUGCUCCAUGUAUGUAAAAAUGUUGGAAUGUUUCUUUUUCACUAUAGAUAGAAGGAGCUAAUUCACUAAUUAAUUUCGUUUUCAAUUAUAUUUCUUUCUUCACUUACUACUGAUUAAGCUCUAUUAUUGGCAUUGUAGAAAGUGUGAUGAGUAUAAACUUGCAGAGCAACAUUCAUUUGCGGAGAGCUGCUGUUUAGAAUUAAGUAUGCAACUAGAACAUUCACCGUCCAUAUUAAGUAGUAUAUCAUUGUGAAGUCUAAAAUUGUUGUGCCUUAUAUUUUUAUAAUUAGUCUGUGAUAAAGAUUGGUGUAAAAAGAAUAGUUUUGUAACAUGAAUGAAAUUAUCAAGAAUUAUGCUAAUUACUUUUUAGUUUGUGUAAUCAACUUCACGAUGUCUUCAUUAAAUUCCUACUGUAUGUGUACAGACACCUCGAUUCCAUUGUACAUUGUGCCAAACUUGUAACCUGUCUUACAGAUAUUUUUCUGUUGUCUUUACAUUCUGUGCUGAUUCACUAUAAUAAUUUGCAAGCAAUGAGUAAAUAUUUUAUCUUUAAGGAAUGUAAUUUAGGUAUGAUUCAUCCAUACAAACUACAUGUAGUAGAACAAACAGGGGUGACUCAUUAUGAAAAGUUUACAAGAGCUGUUAUCUGUAACAUGACAAAACUAAGUUUAUAAAAAUUAGGUAUUACCUAUAUUGUAAACGGAUUUUUUUGAUUUAUGUGUGAAAAACAAAGUAUUACUAAGAGUAGCUUAGCUAUAUUUAAAAUGAUAAAUUAUUCUGAUGUCUGAUGAUGAGGUUAUAAUUAAGUAAUGAAUUAUUAUCUUUUGUUAAGUAUAUAGCUCGUAUAUAGGUAACACAUAACUAUUGAUUGCUAUGAGGCAGUUCACUUUUGUAAUAAAAAGGCGAACACUGCCCUAUUUAUAUUUACUACUCAAAAGCUAUAUUCUAUUAUAAAACUAACAGGUAUCUAGAGAGUCUGCAUAAACACUGUAUUGUAGUGUUGUGUUAUUUGUACAGUCAUGCAGCUCUAGCAUUAGAAAUAGGUAGUUGCUGAUUUACAAAGAGAUGUUUGUGCAAUAUUAACAAAUCAUGUUCAAAGUUAAGCAAUACAAAAAUGUUUAUGUCCGUGCCCUAUAUUAGGUGGGAUACAUUGAAUUAUUAGUUAUUAAAAUAUUUAUAGUUAACUUACUCUAGUUAAACUUAACGAUUCGUAAUCAAAUCACUGCUACUUCCAUUUGAUUAAAUAUUAAAAGUAGAUAGUUAUUUCGAUCUGAAACUUAUUAUAUUCAUAGUAAAGUAGGUGUCAUUAUUGAACAAAAUACUGUUACUAAAAUGAUUAACAUUUCUGUAAGCGAUUGUCAGUUAAUAUAUUUAAAUAAUAUAUUUACUGUUUUUUAAUGUUGAUUUGUUUAAUUAAGAUGGUCUGUCUGAGCUAUUUCCCAGUCUUUGUAUCUACUUACUCUGUAUUUAUUGUACCUACCUACUGGCCUAGGUGCAAUGGCGUGUAGUCAGUUUGGUUCAGGUGAGUUGACAAUAUUUCUGAAAUAAUUUUGUUACUUACGUAGCUCGUAGGUUUCCGACAGUAUUGUGCCGCCAUAUUUUGGUCAUCUUUUGUGAACCGAAACAUAUAACCAGACAAUUUUGUUAUUCAGAGAAGAAUUACUGAUACCUAAUAUCAAUCUAUUCCUGUAGUUAUUUUUUGUCUAUUUUGAUUUAAUGUUUACAAUCACAUACCCAUGUACCCUUGGUACUAAAGAACAAUUUCAUGUUUUUGAGAUGUAUACCUUUUCUUUUUGAUACGAUCAUAAAACUAAUUUAAAUAUAAUGUAAUUAGCUAACUCAGACAACAAUCUAAAUGUUAAGAGAAAUGUUAGUUUAUUUUAAUAAAUUAUUCAUAUAUUAUUCAAGUA